CGAGCGGAGCCGAGCCCGGCCGAGCCGAGCCGAACAGGCGGGGCGGAGAUGGCGGCGGCGGCGGCGGAGCUGCAGGGGAAGUACCAGAAGCUGGCCCAGGAGUACUCCAAGCUUCGCGCUCAGAACCAAGUCCUGAAGAAAGGAGUUGUAGAUGAGCAGGCAAACUCUGCCUCACUGAAGGAACAACUGAAGAUGAAGGAUCAAUCACUGAGGAAACUGCAACAAGAAAUGGACAGCUUAACCUUUCGAAAUCAGCAACUUGCCAAGCGAGUGGAGCUGCUUCAAGAUGAACUUGCAUUAAGUGAAGCUCGAGGCAAAAAGAACAAGAAAAGUGUAGAAUCCUCAUCUCACCUGAGUCAAGAACAGAAAAGUGUCUUCAAUGAAGAUCUUCAGAAGAAAAUAGAAGAAAAUGAACGACUGCAUAUACUUUUCUUUGAAGCAGAUGAGCAGCACAAACGUUUGGAAGCGGAGCUGAGGAGUAGACUGGAGGUUUUGGAAAUGGAUGCUGCCGAGCACCAAGCUGUGGUGGACAGCUUAACGAAGAAAUACACAGAGACCAUAGAAAAGCUGCAGAAUGAUAAAGCCAAAUUAGAAAUCAAGUCUCAGACACUAGAAAGAGAAGCUAAGGACUGUAGGCUUCGAACUGAAGAAUGCCAGCAACAGCUAAAGAAUCUUCAAGCAGCUUUGGGCAGUAGACUGGAAGAAUCUCUAUGCAUAAUUAAUGAAAAAGUACCUUUUAAUGACACAAAUCAGCUGAAAUGCAGAGGAUCCCCUGGAGUUAGGAGUGCUCAGCCUUUGCAUGGCUUUGGUACAAGCAUGGGGUCUACUCGAUACAAUGCUCUGAAUGUACCAUUGCACAACAGAAGGAAUCAGCUGAAGCUGCGAGACCUUGCUGGCCAGGCUGUGGCUUUUGUCCAAGAACUUGUAACAGCUCUCCUGAACUUCCACACAUACACUGAGCAGAAGGUACAGAUCUUCCCCGUUGAUUCUGCAACAGACACAAUAUCACCCUUAAAUCAGAAGUUCUCACAGUAUCUCCAUGAAAACGCUUCCUAUGUUCGCCCUCUGGAGGAAGGAAUGCUGCACUUGUUUGAGAGCAUCACAGAGGAUACGGUGACAGUCCUGGAAACAACUGUGAAAUUGAAGGCCUUCUCAGAACAUUUGGCUUCCUAUUUAGGCUUUUUAAGAAAGAUUCUUCCUUAUCAAUUAAAAAGUUUGGAAGAAGAGUGUGAGUCUUCUCUUUGCACAGCUGCUUUAAGAGCUAGAAAUAUGGAGCUGCACAGAGACAUGAAAAGGUUGACUGCAGUCUUUGAGAAGCUACACACGUACGUCAGUCUUCUGGCCUUACCAAGUACAAGACCAGAAGGACUCCUUAGGACAAAUUAUGACUUUGUGUUUACAAACAUUGCUGCAAGUCUUCAUGGAUUCCAUGACAUUUUAAAAGAUAUUUCCAAGCAUUAUAGCCAGAAAGCUGCUUUAGAACAGGAAGUUCCAACUGCCACACAGAAACUCAUAACUACAAAUGACUGUAUUUUAUCCUCUGUUGCUGCUUUAACAAAUGGAGCGGGCAAGAUGGCCUCGUUCUUCAGCAACAACUUGGAUCACUUCACCACCUCGUUGAGCUAUGGCCCUAAGGGAGGAGCAGAGUUCAUCAGCCCUCUCUCAGCUGAGUGCAUGCUGCAGUACAAGAAGAAGGCAGCUGCCUACAUGAAGUCCUUGAAGAAGCCUUGUGCAGAUUCAGUGCCUUAUGAAGAGGCUUUGGCCAAUCGCAGAGUUCUCCUGAGUUCUACAGAGAGCAGGGAAGGUCUUGCACAACAGGUCCAGCAGAGUUUGGAAAAAAUCGCAAAACUUGAACAAGAAAAAGAACACUGGAUGUUGGAGGCCCAGCUAGCUAAAAUAAAGCUAGAGAAAGAAAACCAAAAACUGAAGAACUCUCUUACUGGACAUUUAACUGAAACUAUCCAGGAGCGUUCAGUUUUGCCAAAUACAGCAGAACAAAAGAAGGAAACCACAGAAAAGAGUCUGAAGGAACCUAUUAAGAGCACCAGUCUGAUUGGAAUGUUGACUGUAACUACUGAUAAUGAAAAGGCUCCAGAUGUUGAGUCUCGUGAAGACCUGAUAAAAACUCACUACAUGGCCAGGAUAGCAGAGCUGACCUCUCACCUGCAGCUUGCUGACAGCAAAUCAGUGCACUUCCAUGCUGAGUGUCGAGCACUUGCCAAAAGACUUUCUCUGGCAGAGAAGUCCAAGGAAUCUCUCACGGAAGAGUUGAAGCUCGCCAGUCAAAACAUCACCAGAUUACAGGAUGAAUUGAUGACGACAAAGAGGAGCUACGAGGACCAGUUAAGCAUGAUGAGUGACCAUCUGUGCAGUAUGAAUGAAACCUUGACUAAGCAAAGGGAAGAGAUUGAUACACUAAAGAUGACCAGUAAGGGAAAUUCUAAAAAGAACAAAAAUCGGUAGUUUACAGCUGAGUCUUUGGAAGCUGCUGCUGCACAGGAUGCAGAUAGUGACCAUUCAUUAUCCAGUUCCUGUUUGUUCCAGGAAGCAGAGGCUGGUAUUGGGUCUAGUAAAAACUGAAUUGGUGCUGUAAAUGGCUUUAAAAUAUUUAGAACUUGUAACAGAUAAAAUAGACCUUAAUGUUGGCUCUAAAACAGGAAAUACACACACUAUGGAUAAUUUAUAUAGUAAUUACCUUCAGUUUUUACUGUGCACUUUUUAAAACCAGGUUUUGAUUUCAUGUAACAACUUCAGAUUUUGUAUAUUUUCAAAUAUGUUUCUGCAUUAACAAGUUUGGAUUGGUGCAGUAGGUGUCUGUUUUUGAGUUCUACAUGUAAUGAUCAGCACAUGUACAUUCCAUUACUUGUUAAUAACAGUUUAAAAAUGAAUUUGGAGACUUUUUGGCCGUGCAAGCUGUGCAGUUACUGUAAAUGUAUUACUCCUUUUCUCAGCCCUCUAGAAUUAAUUGGAAUUGUGGUUUGAAAUGAUUUUUACAAAUUCACCAAGUAAAUGGGAUCAUUGUUAGACUGCAGCAGUGCAGUCCUUUCCUGCUUGUAUCUGGCAUUUUGGAUUUUGAGGUAAAGAGCACAAAUAGCUGAAUUGGGCUACUUCAGUGUAAUUGUUUUAAGCCAUUUCUGUAACAUUUUGUUUACACAUGUAUGUAUAUAUAUAAAUAUAUAUAUAUAUAGGUUGAAAUAGCUGUUUAAGGCUAGAGGAAACUGAGAUUGUCAUUUGCCCCAAAAGAGUGAAACAAUGUGUGUAGAAUAGAUCAGCUUAUUGUGCUCUCUUACAGUAAAGAAGAAAUAUGUAGAAGAUUUAAACACUGAAUUUGCAAAAGGUCUUAAUGGAAUUGAGUUGUGAUGGAUUCACUGGGGGGGGUUCACAUGGCUUUUCCCGUGUUUUCAGAAGUUUGUGAACUUAAGGCCUCUCCUAAGAUUUUUAAUUUUUUUUUUUUCAAGUGAAAUUUAAUAUCACAAGUUUUCACAGCAUUGAUUUGUUGUUCGGGGGUGAGAUUUGUUUGUGUUAGGUUGGGGUUUGUUUUGGUUUUUGGUUGUGUUUUUUUGGUUGGUUGUUUUUUGGUUUGUUUUUUUUUUUUUUAAAUCAGAUGCAGUGCUGCUCCACACUUUCCACACCAAUCUUCUGUUCCAUAAUUCCCAUUAUGGCACUUAUUUGUCCCACAGGGUUUACUCUGAUAUCAGAUGUGUUGAAAUGUAUUAUCAGUAUGUAAUAAUAAAAUCAACCACACG